AUGCGUGUGCACUUGUACUUUGGCCUGCUCUGUCCAUUUUAUUUUCUUCAUCUCACUCAAUGCGUAGACGUACAGUCGGGAAGCGAGACGUUUGCAUUUAUUUUCCCUGCGCUUCCCCUCGAUAGCCCACUCGGCGGUCAAUAACGUUGGAAGUACCACGUCCUCUGCACCACUCUGGGUCAGAUCAGCUCCUUGAAUGGGAGACCGUACUCGAGUCACGGUCGUCGCAGCUGCUGCAGCACCGAACAUCUGGGAGCAAGGAAAAUUCAAUCAGAGGCGUUCCUUUUGGGGCUGAGCAACAAUAAUAUCGAAACACCGUAUCCUCUAGACGUGGGCAGACGCGCAUUGGCAACGUACUGGCCACAACUGUGCGAAACGGAGGCUGCACUCGAACAGCGGACUGCCGAGGCCGCCAAGGCUUCUCGUCGAAAACAAGAACCCAUGACAGAGGAGGCUGGUGCAACUGACGUAGCGUGGCGGGAGCUAGUACGAUGCAUACGGCUAGUGGGCGCAUCUCACGUACAGCGGAUGCGGGCUCUGGAGGCAAGAAAGCUAAAGGUACAUGAGCAAGAUGCAGACGCACGUUAGCGACUGAGCGCACUGCGCGCGCGGGAGGUGCAACUUGUGGCAAAGCAAUAA